GCAUUGAAAUCAUUUGAUUUCAGUGUCUAGCUGACUAAAUUUUGUUUUGGAAACCCGGUUCAAAAUUGUUACAAUUGUAGGGCUCAGUUAUAAAGUCAGCUAUAAUGGCCGAUUUCCAUGAGCUUAUUGUGACGUGCAUUAUUUUCCUCUACCAAAUUACUUUGAUUAUCCGAUCAAUCCACCCCUUAAAGAAGGACGCUAUGUUGCUUAUUUUGCACAACUUUUUGCUCUACUACGUGAUCAAUAUGUUCAAGCACUUGGCCCAGGCAUCGAUUAACUCGGACGGACCGGUGAACACAUUCUACUACGUACCACUGGUGUAUGAAGAAAGCAUUGCUUCGGGACGCCAUCAGAGUUGGCAUGAGGUCCUUAGGACAUCCACAUGGCACUUCUUUGAGGUCCUUUUUAGGCAUCAUCUGGCCCUGCUGUUGCCAUUUAAUUUGGCUCUCCUGGUGCCCCGCUGCAAGUUGGCCUUCAUUAGCACACUGGUUCUGUUGUCCAACUUCGGGCUGUUCGUCUGUUUCACCUCAGCCAUUUGUCAGCUCCUGUUGGUCCAUGGCCACGCCCACAGCCUGCGCCUCCUCACAGUCCUGUGUUUGGGCCCCGUUUGCCAAGUGGUCCUGGUGUGCCGCCUGCUCGGGCGCAUGUGGCUCAGUCAGUGGAUUCUUGUUUGAGGCAUGAAAUUUGAUUUGCCGGCACUGAUUGCUGGCCAAAAGCCACACCCCCAUCCAUCGUAAUCAGUGCCACAGAAGUUUAGCAACAGCAGCAGUAGCAGGAGCAGCAGGAGCAGAAGCAGCGGCAAAUCAAAGCAAUAAACCAACUGAACCCA